AUGCCCGAGCACGCAUACCAACCCAGCACUGGAGUUCCUUCGGGAGCAGCUGAGACGGCAGCUUCAAUAGCAUUCAAUAAGGAUGCCGAACAGAACGUCUCACACAUACCAGGAGCGUAUCCAAAGGAGGAACCGUCCAAAUCCACGACCGGGUCCACUGAGGCAGCCUCAGGGGCAACUGCGGGCCUGAAUGGACACCGGGCAGGGACUGCUACGCAUGAGACCUCUGGCCCAGCAUCGGAACGCGAAGGUGGCACGGUGGGUCCAUCAACCUCGACCACAGCCUCUCCAGCAUAUCGAGAUGCCGAAGACGGUCAGGCUGAGCAGCCUCAAAGUGCUGCCACUGAUCCUACACCAGCCGACGAAGUGCCAGACCAGCCACAGUGGUCUGGUACUCUGGGCAAGAUCCUGGGCGCAGUAGGGCUGGGGGCAGUUGCUGGCGGUGCUGCUACUUCUCACUCUACAACAAGACAGGAUGAACAGUCCCAACCAGGCACCGAAGCCCCAGCGCAGCCGGUCACAACCACCGGAGUAGAUUCUUAUACUGCUCCGACACGUUCUGGACCAUCCUCUUCGCAUCACCGAAAGGAGAGCAUUCCUACGACUGCGUAUCCCCAAGGCGAGUCGUCCCCUACUCCCAUUAAUGCACCUGUUGGUGGCACUUCCGUCGCCGACGAGGAACUAGAUGUGAAGGGUCACGGUGGUCGCCAUACAGGACUUGCUGCUGCCGGUGUUGGUGUUGGCGUUGGGUCUGGAGUGGUCGCUGCUGGUGCUCAUGAUUACAACAAAAGCAGAGAGCCUCUUGAAGAUGCUUCAAGCCCUCCAAGCGCAGCGAUCUCAACCUACCCGCAAACCAGCCAACCUACCCCGUAUGUACCCGAUCAGCAGACCUCAGGGUUAGGACGCGAUAUUGACGAGAAGCCAAGAGGCACCGCAUUCACAAGCCCAUCGUCCACUGUUUACUCGGAACCACCUACGGGGACCGAAUCAGACCGGAAGUUCAAAGGACAUGAAAAGUCUGUUGCAGCUGCAGGUGUUGGUAUAGGCGCAGGUGCUGCCGCUAUUGGAGCUCAUGAAUAUGAUGAGAGGAAGUCACCCUCUCAAGACGCUCCUAUCCAACCAAGUGCAACGACCAGCGCUUAUCAUCAGAUCACCACCAACUCGGCUGCCCCAAUUUCGUCGGGUCAGCAGACCCUCCCACGAAGCAGGGACGUUGAUCAGUAUCCAGCAGCCACCACAAACGCCAGCCAACCCUCCAGCAACUACUCGCAACCCCCUUCGGCGGCUGAACGAGACAGUGAAUCCACAGGAUAUGGCAAGACCGCUGCCGCUGCCGGCGAUGGUGCAGGGGCUGGUGCAGCGGGAAUCUAUGCCGUGGAGCACAAGAACAAACCUCGAACCGGUGAUAACUUGGGGGAUAGUUCUUAUCCGACGACGCAGGAUAGUGCACAAGCCCGGCCUUGGGAAGCUAGCAAAGAUGCUGCUGCUACCGCUGGUCAAGAACCUGCGUCCUCGACCAGGGGCACCAAUACCUUCCAGCCGGCGGCUGCUACUGUACCUGUCCGAGAGAAGGCCACCAAUUCCAAUCCGAAUACCAGUUCAGAGACAGAUGGAAGGCACACCGGCCGCGAUGCAGCCAUCGCCGGGGCGGCCGGAACUGGAGCAGCGGCUUACGGCGCUCAUGAAUACAACAAACAUGAAGCUGAUGAGGACGCUGCCAAGACAGAGGCUCAGCGACAGAAAGACAUCGCCGAGCAAGAGGCUGCUCGUCAGAAGCAGUUUGACAAGGACGAGAAGGCCGCAGCGAAGCGGGCGGUCAAGGAGGAGAAAGCCGAGAAGAAGCACCAGAAGGGGCUGGAGAAGGAAGAAAAGAAGCAGCAAAAGGAGCUGGAGAAAGAAGAGAAGCAACACCACAAGGAGCUGGAGAAAGAAGAAAAGCAACACCACAAAGAGCUUGAGCAUGAGCAGAAGGAACGAGAGAAGACGGCUGGCGCGGCCGUAUUGGCAGAGAAAAAGCAUCACGAGCAGCGUGAACUGGAAGACAAAGAAAACUUUCAAGCUGCGGAAGCUGAGAGAAAGCGACACGAGAAAGAAGCUGCUGGUGCUGCCGUCGGAGUAGGCGCCACUGCUGGUACUGUGGCGCAUACAUCUCAUGGGAAGGAGUCGCUCGAUGAUGAUACUCCUAAGAGCUCUCACGACACGGACCGCAACCGUCUCCACAAGGACCCUCCCCAGAAGAAACCCGGGAUUUUGAAACGUAUCUUCAAGCGCCGCAAGAACAACGACACUGGCCUGGAGGAAGACUACAGCACAGACGAAGAGGAAGAGUCCCAUCGUGACAAGCACCUCACAGAAUCAGGCGCGAUUGGAGGAGCAGGAGCCGUUACUGGCACUGCAGCGGAGCACGAGGCUCACCAGCCAACAGGCUCUGGCUACGAGGCUGGCCAGAGCGGCGGCUUCCUGAAACCGUCCUAUAAUCCUCUACACAAGGACGCAGUUGCUCCCACCGCCACUGAGACACCAACUGCAGAGAGCCUCUCUCAAGGGCGCCAGGAACAUCAACCGUCCGGCACAGCAGGUGUGAGUGCGCAUGGGCAGCAUCAAUACUAA